AUGCGUGAGGAGAUUGUUAACGCAUUUCAGGAGUACUUCAUUCAGCUGAAAUUGGAACUAGAUGUUGGCUGGUUCACCAUGGACAAUGCAUCCAACAACGUGACUGCUAUGCAAGAGCUUCAGUCUCUGCUCCAGGCUCGCGAGAUUGAGUUUGAUGCCAACCAGCAUCGCAUCAUGUGCUUUCCACAUAUCGUCAACAUCUGUGUUAACCAUAUUGUCAAGAGUUUUUCAGAUCUCCGCAUGGUUGAUGCUCACGCAUGGGACCAAGCAAUCCCAGACGAGGGCACGCGCACUGCCUUCGUAGGUGCUGUGCUUAGUGACCCAAUCGCGGAGGCCCGUGGCAUUGUCCGGGAUUGGGAGGUUCUAGGUGUGUUUGAGCACGUCUUACAGAUUCCUCACGUUGCUCAGCAACGCAUGUCUUCGGAAUCACUUCCUCGCCUAGGCCGAGCAGCGGCAUAUCUCGAGCUUCUCAUUUAUGGAUGGGACCACGUUGGACAGGUGGACCCGCGCGCGAAACCAUUUGCCGACCUUGGCAGCAAUAAAGCCUAUGAAUACUAUCGGCGCACUGACAACUCUGAUGCUUAUGUCAUCUCCAUGUUCCUUGAUCCGGCUUUCAAGCUGGACUGGAUGGAGGAGUGCUGGUCAAGUGAAGCCCAGGAGAGCGCAGAGGAGUUGAUCAAGAAAACUAUUUGCCAGUACCGUGAGUGCAUGCCGGCACCUGUCCGGGACUCGCGCCACGGGGCUGUGAGGUCAACUCUAGCCAGCUCCUUUGGCAUUAAGGACAAGACACGCCGUCGGCGUCCCCAGCACCGCGAGAAACAUCUAGAUGAGGAGUACCAGGCCUACACAAGCGAGCCUCUGGCUCAUGAGGGUUUAGACCCUCUGAAGUACUGGGAGGGCAAGAGGGAUACAUUCCCAACCCUCUUUGCUAUGGCUAUGGACUUUAUGCCUAUUCAGGCAUCCUCCGUGCCCAGCGAAAGGGUCUUCUCUUCAGCCGCAGAGACCAACACCAAGAAGCGAAACCGUCUGAGCUCAACCAUGCUUGAGAUCACCCAGAUUCUCAAAUUCGGUCUGAAGAAGGAGCGACUCAGCUUUGUCGAGGGUUGG